AUGGCACAAAGCUUAAUUGAGGAGGAUGCUGGAAAUGGACCAAAGACAAAGAUCAAGAGAGAAAACCGAGAAUCUAGGCAGGCAAUUACUAAGCUAGUCAGUGCUGUGCAAUUAGCUUCAGAUGUUUAUCGUGAAAGUAGAAAGAAAAGCAGUGCUGAGUCAUUGCGUAGAAUAAUGAGAAAUAAUGGGUCUCAAGAUUGGUGGAAGUAUGCUAUUUUUGCUCACGAGGGUAAAUAUUGUGCUUUUGAUACGGAUAGGAAAAGCAUAGUGUGGCAAAGAGUAAAUAAAUUUGUAAAGAUAAAAAAUCUGAAAUCUACUUUAAGACACAGAGAUGGUGCUGCAUGGGGGUGCAUUUUCAGUGCAGGCUUUUCUGAAUUGGUGUUCCCUGAUGAUAUUUUAGAUAAGAAUUGA